GACGCCGGAAGUCACUUCCCGGCCACCGUAGUAUAGGUUACGCUUCUUAAAAAGUAAACACUAGCCCUAAAGACUUGAAGCCACUUGGCGACACGCCUGUUUCUGUUAUGUGUGAUUUCGUGCCUGCUCUCCCGGGACAGAAAUACAUUUAAAACGAUGGACAUGGUGUGUUUCCGCCUGCCUGGCCACAGCGACGCUGCGCUGAGGAACAUGAACUCCUUGCGGGAGCAGCGCCACUUCUGCGACAUCACCAUCGUGGCCGGCGGCAGGCAGAUGUUCCGCGGUCACAAAGUGGUGCUGGCCGCCGGUUCGGCCUUUCUCAGGGACCAGUUUUUACUGAACCCCUCUGCAGAGCUACAGCAGGUGUCUGUGCUGCACAGCUCCACAGUGAUCCGUGAGCUGCUGCAGUCCUGCUACACAGGCAUCCUGCAGUUCAGCGCCAAAGAGAUCGUUAAUUACCUAACGGCAGCCAGCUACCUCCAAAUGGAGCACGUGGUGGAGAAGUGCCGAGUGGCUCUGAGUCAGUACCUGCAGUCUAAGAGCAGCAGCUCAGGAUCUGUAAAAACAGAAGAGUCUCAGGCCAUGGCGGCGAUCGUCAGCGGGAGCACUCAUUCCCUGGGCGAUAUGUCUCCGCCGUCCGAGCGGGCAUCGUCUCUGCAGCCGCACAGUUCAGAGGAGGAGCCGCAGGUCUCAGGAGUCGAUCACGCCGGUGCUCAGCACAGAGACGAGGCUGAUUUGUCUAUAGCACGGCUUAGAGCCUCAGAGCAUUCCGGGGGUGUUGAGGACGAAGAGGGCAGGAACGACUUCAGUGUGUUCGAGGUGCGCAUCAGAGACGAGCAUCACGACCCAGAGGAGAACGCGGGAGUCCAAGAGAACGCCGGAGAUGCUGUGGAUAUGUUAGCCAUACGGCAGGGCACACAUCCGCACGCAGAGGAUCUCUGCAGGGAUGAAGGUGGACUGCCAGGCAGCAGCCCGAGGGGUGGAGUGCGCAUCUGGAGGCGGAGAUUCGGUGAGCCCAGGGGUGGUCGGGGGCGGGGCUUCAAGCACAGAAAGCGCUACACAUACCGUGAACGAAGGCCUUUGGGGAACUUUCAGCAGGCGUGGCGCUUUCCCACCUCAGAGGAGAUCAUGGGGAGUUUCGGAGCGGGGAUCGGGCAAGACUACUUGGCUCUCGGAGAGGGUCAGAUGCGGGUGGAUUUCCAGCCGUCGGAAUGCCAAGGAGACACGGCAGGUUCGGACGGUGGCCCCGGACACUUUAGCAUGGACGGAGCGAGUGCCGAGGAUGACGUAGGAGUCGUAUCGUUGGCCGCUAACGAAGAAGACGGUGGUGAGGACUCUGUGGCUGUCGUGGGCUCCACAUCCUGUGUGACGGGCUCGGUGGCGUGCGAGCAGUGCGGCCUGGCGUUUUCUUCAGUGGAAGAUCUAGCAGCCCACUCACGCUCCACCCACCUGCUGUACGUCUGCCCGUGCUGCGGCAAACACUUCAGCCAGACGAGCAACCUGAACCGCCACAUGGCCGUCCACCGCUCGGCCAAGCUCCACAGCUGCCCGCUCUGCCACAAGACCUUCACGCAGAAGUCCACGCUGUCCGACCACAUGAACAUGCACAGCGGACAGCGGCCGCACGUCUGCGCCUUCUGCCGCAUCUGCUUCGCCCACAAACCCGCACUCCGGCGCCACCUGAAGGAACAGCACGGCAAGACCACAGCACAGAAUUACCUGGAGAUCCAGAGAGAGUGCGAGGAGCCCGCUAUAGGAGGAGGGGUUUAAGGAGACUUUUCACAAUGAAAUCUAAAGUAGCAUUAUUGAUCUAUAUAGUACUAUAGAUCACUAUAGAGGGAGAGGUGAAGAUUAACGGUCAGAGUCUGACAACGUCUUAACAAUCUACAGAUCCUGACUCGAACACGAACAACUCGAGCUCAGGAAAGGAAAUACAUCAGGCGCUGUUCGGUGAAAUUUUUCAUUCACACUAAUUAUUCUAAUCAGUCAAGACAUGUCUGGUGUCUGACGUUUGCUUCUUUCAGUUAUCCACUGGAGCGAUCAGAACGAUUUACUGAACAAGUUACAGGUUCAAUAGCAUUUAUUUUAACAAUGGAACAAGUAUUGCAAGUCUGUCACUCAAAAUAUUUCAAAAUUCAUCUCCAUUUUAGCAAUUUUUUCACACAAAAAAGAAAAGGGGAAAAAAACGAAGUAAUCACUUACUCAGUAUUUUUAAGUAUUGACCCAUGACAAGUCAGGGAGUUUGAUUGAGUCAUUUUAAAGUUCCAGACUUUAUAAUGCCCCACACACAAGAAACAUCAGAACAGAUUUAUCCCUAAAUCAGUCAUAGGAUGUUUUAUUGGUGGGGAAAAAAACACAACUAAAAGUUUCCUCAUCAGUAUAAACCAAAGCAGGUGACUGUUAGCUUUUAGCAUUUUAUUUUCUUAUUAUUUAUCAGUCUUAUUUUCUCUAUCAGUAUAAAUGCUCACUACGUAGAGUAUUAAUAUAAUAGGAUAUAAUGUAGUGCACUAAAUAUCCAGUAGAAACUUGUAUUUGAACUUGUUUCACCUGCACAGGUUUGCAUUCAGUAUUCAGGCUUGCAGUUUUACAAAGGUCUAAGUAUGGGCACCGUCUGCUCUGCUCACUCGCAGACAAGCGUCUGUUAUGGAGUGAGGAAGAGGUUCAUGUGUAUUACUGGUCACAUUAAACUCCUAGCUCAUGCAAAACUAGAAGACCAAACAUUGUCUUGGCUGAUUUACUCGCAUUGAGGAAAGUAUAAAAACACUCCUUUGAGAGUCAGAAGACAACACAGAGACGCGAGUCAGAGUCUGACCUUUAAGUCUGAAGGUCAGCCUAGUUACCUGGACACCUCACUUGCCACCUCCUGUUUUAGUUAACCAGGGCUUGGUUCUUGAGACUUGAGAACAUCCGUGCCUCAUUGAUUAAAUUAGUAUCUGAACACUGUGCUGACAGACUGCAUUGUGGAGAAUAAAAACAAGAACAGAAUCUGUGUCGGUGUAAUUGUCUGUAUGUGUAUUCGGUGAAUAGCCUGUGACUAGUCGAAUUAACCAGUUAGCAAACAAGCCAGUAACGUUGUGAUGGAGUGUAACCAUGUUUUGUUUCCUGUUGUGUCUUCAGCUACGAUGUGUUGUCAUUUACAAUCAAUUAAAAAAACAAAACAGGGAGCUUUAA